AUGCCGAGAAAUCCAUCUCAAACACCCCCGUUUAAUGGUUAUGUGACAAUGGCGAAUGCAAAUUUUCCAAGUGGUGGUGUACCUGAAUUUCCCGAGUUUUCAACACAACUAACUAUUGGUGGCAUGAUAGUUUCUAAUGAAGUCGGUCCAAAUUCAGAGGAUUCAACUCCUAAGAGCAGGAAAACUCAGCAACCAGCAUGGAACAUUGAACAAAAUUUGGUGCUAAUUAGUGGGUGGAUUAAAUUUGGAACAAGCAGUGUUGUCGGGAGAAACCAGAAAGGUGAAACAUAUUGGGGUAAAAUUGCUGAGUAUUGUAAUGAGCAUUGCUCAUUCGAUCCUCUGCGUGAUGGACCUGCAUGCCGAAACCGUUUUAAUUAUAUGAACAAAGUGUUGGGUAAAUGGAUUGGCGCUUAUGAUGGCGCUAAGCGUAUGCAAGGAAGUGGUUGGUCGGAGAAUGAUGUUUUGGCAAAAGCGCAGGAAUUAUAUGCAUGUGGGAAGAAUGUUAGAUUCACUUUAAUGGAAGAAUGGCACGCUCUCCGUGAUCAACCACGUUAUGGUAGUCAAGUAGGAGGAAAUAUUGGCUCAGGAAGUAGUGGAUCUAAGAGAUCUCGCGAGAGUGAUGCAUGUGGCUCAAACACUGUAGAAUCCAGUGCUCGUCCUAUAGGAAGGGAGGCAGCUAAAAAAAAGGGUAAAAAGAAAAGCAAGGAAUAUGCCUCGGAGGUGGUGGACAAAGAAUGGGCUGAAUACAAAGAAUUCAAGACGAAAGAGCUUGAACGAUUGGACAACAUAGCCUUGAUGCAACAGCAGGCUAACAAUAUAGCCUUGGAAAAGACUAAAACCAAGAAAAUGAAGAUGUAUCUAAAGCUAACUUCCGAAGAGCAUCUAGAUGAUCGGAAGAACCAGCUGUUGAAAAAGUUGGAGGCAGAACUGUUUGAUAAUUAA